AUGCCCGCCGAGCCUCGAGCUCAGAUGACGAGUAAUGCCACACGUCGGCACUCCAGUGCUAUACCUUCCCACCAUUCAGGCAGCUUCCUGGAUCAGUCAAUAUCGUUCUAUGGCGAUGCAAAGUACUCGGAGGGCAAAACGACACUCCACAUCUGCGCCGAGAAAGGCCACACUAAUGUGCUGCGGUUUCUGUUGGAUCAUGGCGCGGAGCUCGAUGCAACUGAUUUCGCAGGCCGCACUGCCCUCCACUACGCGACAACGAGAGGGCAUACGGACUCUGUGUCUGUGCUCCUUGAGCAAGGUGCCGACACGGAAUUGGCCGACGAGUUUGGGCGGACUCCAUUACACGUAGCCGUGGAGUUGGGAUAUGAGGCGGUAGUGAGACUGUUGGUUCGCGAAGGUGCUGAUCCCAAUGCUCGUAUCGCUGGUAGCACACAGCCGCAAUCAUAA